UACUGCCAUAAUAUGUCAUCUAACACGCCGCAAGAGUUCAUCACCUUGGAGUCGGGUACGGAGAACAACUUUGCUAAUGUGUAUGCCCAGAUGCUCCAAAAUGGGGGCGACUGCAGUGGUGCUGUGCAAUCCACAUUGUACCGAAAUCGAGGCACUACUUACUUCAGCAAGGUGCGCCUUGAUAUCACAACCAUGAAAAUUUUGAGCAAUGUCUUCACCUUCGCGCAGACUCAGGGAGGUAAAGACAUCCCAUAUGGCGAAGCUGGCGAUUGCUAUUCGGAGAAUCCUGGUGACUGCCGCAAAGGUCAGUUCAAGGUCGACCUGAACGGAACGGGACUUCGUGUUGGGGACGAUGUGAACUGGGAAGCAUCGGGAUACCCGAGUAUUUUGACAAUGCAGGACUACCAGAAGUCUCCUGAUGGUGCAGUGGUGUCUGCCAAGUGUGGAGGUUGGUGUGGUUCAUGUAAGCCAUCUGGGGGAUUUAUCAUACUGGAGGCUUUGUGCUCCAUUCCUGCUGUUUAGACUCCUCACUAGCUGUGGAUGAACACUGACGCCUUUAGGAAUACGAUACUGGCACGCGGCGGUAGUGACAGAAUUAGUAACUGCAUUUCAUCAGGGUCGGAAGGGCUAAUCGAUCCUCAGAAGACAAAUGCAGUUCAACCAUCAUGUUCAAGAAUUGAAGGAGGUCACUCCAUCGAUAAGGAUUACUAUCAUCUACAGUCCGACGCUCAUAACCUAGAACUAGGUCUUAUAUUUGUACCACCAAGUUAUGUAAAGACAAGUGAAUAACACGUAAUAAUCGUAAGAUUUCUGAAAAGGUAAUCUAAGUGGGCCUCAGUGGGGUUAACUGUCAAUCGUCAAAUGGCCAAGAAUAUUCACCGUCAACCUUCCUGAAAUCUUUUUUAACGUUCAUUGUGAAAUAAGCAAGCCAAUAUUAGCCGUCAAAUAUCUCAGAUAUCUUUAAUUGAAAACUAAGCAAUUGCCUUAAUUGUGGUCAAGUUCUGUUGUUUAUAAAUAAAAGUUUUGAUAUAUU